GAUUCCCAGGAAUAUGAUUUAAUUGUCAUUGGUGGGGGAUCAGGUGGUCUUGCCUGUUCAAAUGAAGGUGAGAAUUAUACAAGCCACCAGAAUAUCAACUCCUACUGUAUGUUUCAACUUAUAAAACUUAUACACUGACUUUACCCAUGAUACCCAUUACACAGGAUCAUUAAUUGUGCUCUUUCAUAUUGUGGGGAACGGGUAUGAGUGCAUGUAUUAUGUACUUGUUAAAAAACGAGCAGGAGUGUGUAUUUAUUGAUCAGUUUUUAAACCUUGUAAUACAAGACUGCAAGUUUUUUUGAAGGGCUUCAAAAUCUCUGAUUUUAAGAUCAACUUAUUCUUGUACUAAUAUUUAGAUUUGGGAUUAUUUUGGUCCAAAAAAUUGGACAUAAAGAUUAACUGUGUCUUUAUCAGAUAUAACCAGAUAUAAAGACACUCAUUAAACAUUGAUUUCUUUUGUUUCUUUGUUAUGAAUUGUGAAUGAGUUUUGACAGGAUUUUCAACACAACACUUACAUAGUCCAAAAGAGUGCAGAUCAAGCUUUAGAAAUUCUAAAAGUUGGUGUUAAUCAGCCCAGUUUUAAACAAGAUACAGACAUAAAAAAACUUCAAAUUAAAUAAAAAAAAUAUGUAUGGACAUCCAGACAGGUGUCUAGGUUAUUCAACAAAUUCCUUUGUAAAUUUUCAAGUUUUUAAUUGGCUGUAUCUUGUUCAAUAUCAGCUUUUUUUAACACCAAAAUUAGGGAUUUUCUAAAAUCUGGUGUGGUCUUUCUUUUUAAAUGGCGAGUGUGUAUGUUGAUAAUCCCGUAAUAGUCAUGAACUUGUACCCUGAGUACCCCUGAAAGCCCACAAUGGGGCAGAGAAGUGCUGUUUUAGUAGUUGCAAACUUUUUUUUGCUUCGGUGAGUUGCUUGACCAGAGACCUACUGUUACCUAAGGACGGGAAGCUUUGGGGUGUUGGCUUCUUUGCUCAAGGCAUUGACCUUAAAACUUUAGGAAGAAUGCCACAGACCCUAAGGGGCUAUGUUGUCACAAUACCGGAUAGCCUUUCAUGCUGGCACAAAAAGCUAUCCUGUUAUAGUAAGAACACUUGUCCGAUAUGUGACUCUCUAAUUUAGAGAUUGGCGUGGCUCAACUUCACUCCAUUAUGGAAAUUGUGCUAAAAUCACCACUAGUGAACUCAUUUAAGCCUUCUCUGGCACAGUUUUUGUGCUGGCGUAAAAGCUAUUCGAUACAGUGUAAACAUGCAUGUAGCCUAAUUCUCUUUUUUGUAGGCUGACCGCAGUGUAUGCAAUUAUUUCCAAAGUUGAUUUAUGGGAAAACUGAAAUGAUUUUAAUUUGUUGGCUUGCAGCUGCCAAAUAUGGUAAAAAAGUUGCUGUCUUGGAUUAUGUGUCCCCUUCACCACAAGGUAGGGAAAUUAUGAUAUUGUUAAUGUAAUUUUUAUUCUAAUUAUAAUAUAAUUUAAGCUUACAUGAUGUACAAGUAUUACCAUUUGUUCCUUUCACCAAUUGCCAGUGAAGUACACCAUGUAACUCAAUAUUCUUCAAUAAUAAUUAUUGUAUUAUUGUGUAAUAAUUAUUGUGUAAUAAUUAUUGUAUAUUAAUUAUUGUGUAAUAAUUAUUAUUAUUAUAUUUAUAACAUAAUUUCCUGAUUCAUUGACCAUUUUGUGAAUCUCAAGGUAGUGCAAGUACAUGUACAAAUUUAAAUUUUUUCAGUAACCCUUCAUAACAGAUUAACAGGAGGUUAGUUGGAGUGUGUUCUUCAGGAGCUUACAUGUGUAUCUUUUCUUAUUUUCCUGUCAAUAACAUUUUUGAAAUGCCCUAAUUUUUUAAUUUUAAAAUGAUUAUAACUAAUUUUUACCAUUUCGAUAUUGCAUGUUGAAAACAAAAUUAGAAAAUCACAUAAUUGGUGAGAAUCAUCCACAAUGUACCCAUUAAAUGAAGUCUGUUACCUCUAAGGUGUGCUUUCAUGGUCCGUGGAAUAGAUCUUCAGUAGCUCAGUGCCAACAGAUCUAGUGCCGGGGUAGACUAAACUUUUUUUUUUAACCUUGAAUUUUGGUGCUUGUAUUAAAGGAUCAGCUUGGGGCCUUGGAGGUACAUGUGUCAAUGUUGGAUGUAUUCCAAAAAAGCUGAUGCACCAGGCCGCCUUACUGGGAGAGUCAAUCAAGGUAUCCUGACAGUUAAACCAGCAUGAUAUGUGCGGCCAUCUCUGCAAAGCAACCUCCUAUUAUAAGUGACUACUUAAUUAAAAUAUUAAGACAUUUUAUUUUUUCAAAUAAAAGCAAUACAGUGACAAAUUAAGCCCCCUGGCCUGUCAGUAUCCAGCUCCAGUAAUCCACCUCCAAAAUUUGCAGUUUAGGUUGUAUUUUUUGUUCCGUGCAUGUAAUUGGAAUUCUUUCAAGGAAAGAGAAAUAUAAGAAAUGAGGCUAUACUGGUGCACAAAAGUAACUACUGUACACACUCCAUUUUGAGACUUGUGGUGGAUGUGUCAACUGAGGAGAAUAAUAUUAUUUGGGUGUUUACUCAUCAUCAUCAUUUUUGGUUUGUUAGACUUACUGAUGAAAAUGUGUAACAAGGGGAUGCACUCUAAAAAACUAUUACAUUGUAACUGACAUUGAAAACUAAAUAAAUUUAUGAAAGAAGGUGUAUUAUAAAAUGAAAAUGAACUCGAUCCGGAAAUGAAGUUUAUUAAAACAGGCACAUGUCAGUUAAUGUUCAAUGACUUUGCAGGAUGCACGUCAUUUUGGAUGGAAUGUUCCAGACAAUAUCUCAUUGUCAUGGUAUGUAUUCUUCCUUUGUGGUUAUAUAAUUAAUACAUGUAUUUAAUUUUUAUUAUGUUAAAUCAAUUGCUAUAAAGUUAUUAUUGAGUGUUAUGUUGAAAUAAUAUAAUGCUAGUUUGCAAUAAUUAUUAAUAAUUAUUAUUAAGAUUGAUAUGAGAGAAUAAAACAUAAAGAAUGAAUUAUUCAUCCCUGAAUCUCAAUGCCAUUUGUAUUGUUUUAUUCCCCUUAGCCUUGGAGUCAAGAAUAUUUAAAAACUAACCAAUUAAUUUUUUGGUUACUUCAAGUUUUAGCUAUUAGUAAACUUUUAAAUGAAAAGAGCAAUUGAUUUUGCAAAUGAAAAUAUAUUACUGGCAUUUUAAUCAUCAUCAUCAUCAUCAUCAUCAUUAAAGUUGCUCAAUAGACAUGUAUCACUUUAAUUGUACAAAGUUGACUUGGGUGAAGUGAGCAAUGCUUGAAUGAGUGCCAGGGAUUAAGCUCAUGGCUGGCUGCCAGCUUAUUUCACUGGCUGAAAGAGAGCUAACCACCUGCAGCUCAAAAUGCUGAAAUUAAAAAGGCAUGGAGAUUGACUGAUAAGAAAGCCUACUUCCCUUUUCCAUAGCUUUAUUAAAGUGCACUCUUCUCCUACCAAAGUGUCUUGUAUUUAAUAAUUAUUGUGAGAUAAAGGGAGAAUUUCACAUUACAUCAAAAAUCAUGAUAGGGCCAAUCUGAUGUACCCCAUCCUUACAUAUACGUGUACAUAGCAUGGAACAUGUGUGUCAUGUCUCCUGUUUUUUUUUUGUUUUUUUUUAAUGACAUGUCAGGGAAAAAUUAGUCCCAGCUGUUCAGAAUCAUAUCAAGUCACUAAACUGGGGCCACAGAGUCAAGCUACAUAACAAGUAAGGAAUUACAAUUUAAGCGAUAUAAUUCAUAUAAAUCAGAGUACAAUAAUUGAAUUAUAGUGACAGAGACAGUAUCUGUUGAAUGUAAAAUCAUUUGUUCAGUGGGAAAAAAUUUUAUUUAAGAUUUUUGAAACAGGCACAGUACCAAACUUCAAACAUUACUCCUACAAUGUGUACACUUUUUGCAAUGCAGAAUUGGUUGGCUUUGUCUGUCCAUACAUGAAGCUCGUGUACCUCUGACAAUGUAGGUCUCAUUGCAUGUCCCGCUAAGAACUCAGUAAAGAGUUGAAACAUCCAAAUUUUCUUCCCAAUAAUGCUGCUAUUUUAUUAAACAAAAAUCUCCCUUCUUCUCACAUAAUUACAGCAAGGUAGAGUACCUCAAUGCAAAAGGAUCAUUCUUGGACCCUCACACAAUUAAAGCAGUACUGCAGAAUGGCACUGAGGUACGUUACACAGUGACGUAAAUACUGGAAUGAUAGUCUCUAAUUAGGUAGACCUCCUUGUACAGGUCUUGUAAGUGUGAUAGAGAGAUCCUUGGUUGAAUGCGUAAGGAACACAACACAACCCAUUUGUACUGAAAGCUCCACUGUUCUGGGAUAUGUAAUGAGAUGAACUUUAAGAUGUUACAGCUGCUGUUACCUUAAAAAGAAAGAGAUAAUAAUUAUCUCAACAAUUAUUAUUGAGUGCAGCCCACAAUGGCCACGAGAACAAUUACACUUAACACCAAACUGUGGUCUGAACUACAUUUUCAGCAGCAGUGAAUGGUCUUUUCAUAAAAGUGAACUAGCCCACAUUCGUUAUAUUGAAAUUCCAACGUGACUCUGCGGCUUUAGGGUCAAAAUUGCAAUUUUUUUCAAGACGCCAGUGUCUUGCAAUUCCCAGAAGAGAUUUGAGCACAAAGGAAACCAAACCAAAUAUAGAAAAAUGACCAGAAAGCCUCGGAGUCAUGUUAUAAUUUUAAUAUAUCUUAUGUGUGGCUUUCAGUCUCGAUUUUUCAUCAGUCUUGAAUUAAAUUUACUCUAAAUGCCACCAAUUGUUUACGCAAAAUUAUUUUUCAUUAUUAUUUUUCUAAAAAUUAAAAUUUACCGUUUUCAGAAAACUCUCAGAGCAGAGAAUUUUGUCAUAGCUGUAGGUGGAAGACCAAGAUUUCCAUUUGAGGUCAGUGAAGUUAUUAAUAAAUUUAUAUUAAAAGUACUAGCACGGCUGUCGCUAAGGUUUCAAGUUGCCGUGUAGAUACAACAAGUCGGGCAGGGAAUCAAACCGCUAGGGAUUUCUUUUGGUUCUAUUUUUCUUCUAUUUUCCUUUGGCAGUAGCCGGGGAUGCCACGUUCUUAUACAACCCUGACUAAAUUUUGGGUAGCAAGGGCGGUGCAAUGGUGAGAGCACUCGCCUCCCACCAAUGUGACCUGGGUUCGAAUCCUGGCGUCAACACCAUAGGUGGGUUGAGUUUGUUGUUGGUUCUCUCCGUUGCUCCGAGAGGUUUUUCUCCGGUUUUCCCUUCUCCUCAAAAACCAACAUUUCCAAAUUCCAGUUCGACCAGGAAUCAGGUACACGAAGAACCACUAUUAAAGUGGAUGUUCUACCUCCAAAUCGUUAUUGAUUCAUAUCCCUCUGAUGCAGCAUGUGGUCUGUGAUUUUGUUUACAUUUGCCAUUGCCUUGACACUAAAACUCUCUUUUGUUUACGUAAUUAAAUAUUGAACACAAUUAUUUACUAUUAAUUUAAUCUUUCUUUUUUUAAGGUACCAGGUGCAAUGCAAUAUGGCUUCAGCAGUGAUGAUCUGUUUUCUUUGGAAAAGCCCCCAGGAAAAACGUGAGUAUGAUUGCUUCCCUGUCAAUCAAAUAGCCUGCGAGCAAGCUCUUCGAUUACAGCAAGCGACACGAGGCGAGAGAGAACGCGCGAGGGAGCGGCGAAGUCGCGAAGAGCGGAGGAAAAGGAGAUUUCUUUCCUCGCCCCUCGCACCGGGGUAUCCUAUCGCGUGGGGCUCUUGCGCGACUUCUCGAGACUUCCCCAAAUGGAGAGCUUGCUCGCAAGCUAUUAAUCAUAGCGCAUAGAGAACAAACAGUAUUGACAGUUGUUUCUGCGAGCCAGUGUUUGCGAACAAUACUUUAAAAAACUACAAUGUAAUCAAUAGUUUUGGAUGGAUAAACGUAUGUAGAGUAGAGAUUUGUAAGCUGUUGACUUUCUGUCUUAUCGUGUUUUGACGUAACUUCAGUAAGGAACGAAAGUUAAACUGUAAAGAUCAUAGUCUCCAUUUUUUUUUCUGCCAAAAGUGCGUUGAUUCCAACAAAAAAAAUACUGGCAGAAUGUAUAUAGUUGUAUUUUGUUCCAACUUGUUAAAAGACCUUGCAAUAUGCUUCUGUUUGCUUGUGCAAUCUGCUUUAAAGCCUCGUUAUCUUGGCUUGUAAAGUGCGCAGUCUCCGCCUUUCUCCCUUUGAUAUAUGGCCUUUGAAAUACGAACCUCAAAGUCGCCUAGUAACACAGGCGUCCCAAGCUCACGUUACGAGAGUGGACUGUAAUUUGCAUUCUGCACUGUCUGCAGCUACUUGUUAUUUUUCUGUGGGUAAAGUGAUUACCCUUGGUCAUCUCGUCACCAAGUAGUCGACUCGCCGCCAACUAACUCGCCACCAAGUAAGAACUCUGUAAUCAGUCUGGAAUAAGCUUGGCGAAGAAGUAAAAUUCUAGGUUAGUAAUCCCAGGUGAGUAAACACGUCGAUUAAUGCAGAGUGGUGGCGAUCGAUUAGCCUUCUUGGAGGCGAGUUGGUUGGCGGCGAGUCGACUUCUUGGUGGCGAGAUAACCGUAAACCACCGUGCGGAUUAAUUUUCCUUUAAAUCGUCAUCAGACUUCUCCUAUAAAGAUUUUAGUGUCACUUACUGUUACUAACAGCUAUUUUGUAUUCUUUUGCAGUCUGGUUAUUGGUGCUUCAUGUAUCCUUUUACAUUUAAGAUUUCUCUUGUUUUUGCUCUAUUCACAUGAUUUCGCCCUGCUCUCAUUUUUGGCAUAGUUGACUUUGGAUGCUCCUUAGACAACUCUUUUGAUUUUCAAGCGAAUUUAUAAUUCAAAUAAACAUUUCGUUUCUUGCGGUGUUCUUUCCUUUUCUGGACUUCUAGAGAAAAAGGUUUCAGACUCUUUCUGCUGUUACUAUCUCUACCAGAGCAGAAGGGAGCCACCGAAACCUUAGCCUUCUGUGAUACAAUUAAUGGUUUUGCUGUACCUAGAGUACAGCAGAAUACAGUCAGCUUACUGAAUAAUUCUACACAGGAAACUUUUCCCUAACAAUAUUUUAUGGAAGACGUGGCAUUGGAAUGUGCUGGUUUUCUGACAGGCUUAGGAUUCGACACGUCAUUGAUGAUGAGGUCUAUACCACUACGUGGGUUUGAUCAGGUGAGACUCUUUCAAGCUUUCUAGGUAGCUAUUCCAGGUGCAAAAUCAAAAGCCAGUCCGAGAAUUACUGCAGUUCACCUGACCUGCGAUAACUGCUGCAAAGUACAGGCUGUCUUUUUCAGGCUACUCCUUAUUUUUUUUCGUGGUUUUAUGUACAGCGCGCGUAAUUCGCUCGCGGUUAGUACGGUUGUUUAUACUGAAAGAGGUUAAGCCUUCUUCCGAUGGCAAANACAGUCAGCUUACUGAAUAAUUCUACACAGGAAACUUUUCCCUAACAAUAUUUUAUGGAAGACGUGGCAUUGGAAUGUGCUGGUUUUCUGACAGGCUUAGGAUUCGACACGUCAUUGAUGAUGAGGUCUAUACCACUACGUGGGUUUGAUCAGGUGAGACUCUUUCAAGCUUUCUAGGCAGCUAUUCCAGGUGCAAAAUCAAAAACCAGGCCGAGAAUUACUGCAGUUCACCUGACCUGCGAUAACUGCUGCAAAGUACAGGCCGUCUUUUUCAGACUACUCCUUGUUUUUUUUCGUGGUUUUAUGUACAGCGCGCGUAAUUCGCUCGCGGUUAGUACGGUUGUUUAUGCUGAAAGAGGUUAAGCCUUCUCCCGAUGGCAAAAUGACAAAACUUCUUACAUUUGAUAACUUGUUCCCACCAAUACUACAUUUUGGCUAAAACUCGUGGUAGAAUGACGACGGCCAUCACGUUUUCCCGCCGAAAUGACGCUGGUUCUCGCGUGAGCAAUACUCAGUAUUGAGAAAAUCUAAACAAAAUCUCGUAUUCGUAGUCGUCCUCGUCUCAGAGUCUAAAGCACUCUAUUGUUGUGUGGAAUUCGCCUCUUUAGAAACCAGCAGGAAACUGGGCCGAGUUAACGUUUGCAAAGACUUCUGGGUCUGUUACAAGGGUCACGUAAAGAGAUUGGCCAUUAGCUGACUGGUGCGCCCCAGUAACAAUCCCAGAAACACGUGUGGGACAUAUUUUGGUUCCUUUCUCGUUUCUAAAGUGGAGAAUUGCGCUAUCGGUCUGUUUUGGUGGACUAAUGGACCUUUUUACCGAUAUGGCGGCCAUAUUGAAUUAAUUCGAUUUAAGGAGUAUUAUAGGAUGCCUAGGGGGCAUGAGCACAUUUCGUUUGUAUUUUCGUUUGUAGUUUUUCCCCAGAAAUAUACAUUGAAAAACCAUGUUUCUAAUACUAAACUAGAAAAAGGCGAUCAUUAUUACAUCCAAACGCGGUACAAGAAUCUUUUUUCCCAUUGCAGCCUUAUUCUAAGAAAACUUUAAGAAAAAAAUUCCCGAAAAGCGCUCGAAAAUACAAACGAAAUGUGCUCAUGCCCCCUGGGCAUCCUAUAAUACUCCUUAAAUUGAAUUAAUUCAAUAUGGCCGCGGUAUCGGUAAAAAGGUCUAUUUUGACCUAAUUUUCUGUGCAACGUCGUCAUAGCCAAUGAAAGAAGAGAAAUCGUCUUCAAAACAUUCCCAUAGUGCAAUUCGACACUACAGAGACCCAUGUCAGUCUCCCGCAAGACCUCAAAAUCAAGUGCCAUAUGGGCAAUUUUAGGGUUGUCCGUUAGGCGAGAGUUGGUUGUAUUCCGAAUUUUUUGUUGCUUGUGCUUAACUAGCAAAUGGCCCAGCUCGUGUCAGAUUACAUGGAGAGCCAUGGAACUAGGUUCUUGAAGCAGUGUGUUCCUGUCAGAGUCGACAAAGAUGACAGCGGAUUACUUCAUGUAACUUGGAAAGAAAGUGAGACGGGCAAAUCACAUCAAGAAACGUUUGAAACGGUUCUGUUUGCAAUCGGUAAGUCACAAAAAGCUAACAAAACCAAGAGCUCGAAAUAGCUGCCGGUGAACAGAAAAUGUUCGGCCAGAAUGGGGUCUUGACCGGCCGGAAACUUCACUCGCCGGUCAUGUUGACGGGUCACGACGCACACUCUCAUUCUUGAACAACCAGCCAAAUCCUCACCCGUAAAACUUAGAUUUUUGUCUCUUUGUAAAAAUGCAAUUAGGAAAUUGCACAAGGGUUAGGAAGCAUAUUUUUCCAAUAUUUUAACUGGUGAUUAAAGAAGCUUGACCGAGCAAAAAUUUCUUUGGCCCGUCAUCGUGUCCGGCCACCGUCCGGAAGUCAUUUUGAGCCGUGAAGAAGUCUGGCAAAGUGAAUAUCCGGUACACUUCAUUAACUUUGAUUACGAGCUACACCAAGUGCUAUUGCAGCUAUUAAUUAAUAAUAUUAUUGCACGAACCUUCGAUUACUAAAACUGCCUUUCAUGUAGGUAGGGAUCCAGACACAAGCCAACUGAAUCUUGAGAGGGCAGGAGUUGAGGUACACCAACAAACCAAGAAAAUUGUUGGAAACAACAGCGAACAAACAACAGUCCCGCAUAUUUUCGCCAUCGGAGAUGUGCUACAGGUAUUUGAUAAAACUCAGUUCAUAAUGGAGAAGCUCGUUCCCAGUGUCUUCCAUCUCCCCUACGACCAGGGGACCGGAAGAGGAGAUACCCUGGGAACAAGGUUGAUAAGGCAGGGACCACAAUCACCAUGUCUUCAUAUAUCCAAAGUAUUGUCAAGCUUCCGCAACAAUUGAUUAUUGGACUUAUGAAAUCGUAGCUGGGAUACUGUACAUUUACGUUCAUAAUCCCCUGGCUUAUACAACUUCUUAAGUGGUUUUAGGGGGGCUCAUAUAUGGUGGGGCUUAUAAUAUCCGGUUGAGGGGGCGGGAGGGGGGGGGCUUGUAACUUAAUUGGACGAAAGAGCGUUUCGAAACACGCCACAUAUAGCCUUGCUGAUCAAAAGACUAUUUAAGUUAACUCGCUUUCUUCAAGCUUUAAAACGUCGUAAGCAUGGAUCCAUUUCAAUACAAGCUAGAGGGGGGGCGCAUCGGGGGGGGAGGGGCUUAUCAGUGGAAGUUUACGGUAUCAUAAUUUAUUAUGACUCAACCCGACUUCACUCUCUCUUUCCUCCAAAAUAAAAAAAAAAAAAAAAAAAAUAAAAAAAUAUAUAAAAAACAAAAUAAAAUAAGAAACAAAAAAAAAAAAAAAAAAACAAAAAAAAAAAUAAUAGAAAAAAUAAAAACAAAAAAUAAAUACAUAUAAACAUAAUAUAUAUGUGUUUUGUAAACGAAAAAAAAAACGAUGAGUACAGAUAAGCAGACAGUAGACGGGGAUGGGUGUAGGAGGGAGGGACGUGGGGGGGGGGGGGGUGGGGGGGGGGGGGUUUGCGUGGGAAAUUUUCGGUAUUUUAAUUUUUUAUACCCCAACCCCCCCCCCCCCCCCCCCCCCCCCCCCCCCCAAAAAAAAAAAAGGGAAAUGUGAAUCCAAGCCCAGGUUUCUGUUUGUCAUUAUUUUGGUGAUGAAAUUUAAUUUUCCUUUAAAAUUGGGUUUCCUUUCCUAGAUUUUAGGGAACUUAGGAAGCCUCUAGGGCGAUGAGAACGACAAACAAAACAAUAUGUUUCAUGAGGAAAAUAAAGGAGGUAAAUAAUUAUCUUCUGUAUGUAGCUGAGCUAUCAGUUUGUUUUGUUAACAGGACAGGCCAGAGUUGACUCCAGUGGCCAUUAGAGCUGGAAAGUUGUUGGCUGAUAGGCUUUUUGGAGGCUCUGAUAUUUUGAUGGACUAUGAUAAGGUUGGAGUAGAGCACUGAAGUAUUAAUUGCUGUUUUUUGUUAGUUUAUCUUUUUUUUUUUCACUGAGUAUUUGGUCAAUUAUACUCUGAAAUAGGAGUAAAUAGAAUUAAUAAUCGAGAGAUUGACUUGCUGUUCAAGUUUAAUCGCAGAAAUUGCAGUGUAAGGUCUCCUUUAGGCUUGUGAAGCCAAUUGUUUUAACUAUAAAGGUAUCGCUUAGGGUCGUGCGUUCUCGUCAUCGAAUCUAUAAGUCUUUAAUGCCUUGCUCUCUAACUUUUUACUUGACAGGUUCCCACUACAGUGUUCACGCCAUUAGAAUAUGGUACAGUAGGUCUUUCGGAAGAGAAAGCUAUCGAUAUGUACGGAGAAGACAAAAUCGAGGUACUGUAGGGUUGCUAUAUGGAAAGCUAUGAGCGUCAUGUUGUGGUUCAGUUUUAUCCUUGGUUUAAAUUUUUUAUUCCUUUGUUUCAAACUCAUUAUCAAACAUUACCAUACCCCAAAACAAAGGAAAAUGAAAUUUAAACCAAUGAUAAAACUGAACCACAACACUAUAUAUGAAAGUGAGACACGGCCUGGCGUAUCGCCAAAUCUGUAUUAGUGUAACUUUUAUAAAGGAUUUAAGAGGCCACCCGUCAAGGUGCCAGAAACCGCCCCUCUACAAGGCGAUCACUUUUUUAACAGACUCUUGGCAGUCUCUACUUCUUCAUAGGGACGAAAGGUUAAACGCGAGGAAGGAAAGUAAAUGUAAUAAAGAUCGCGGCGGGGAAUGGCUUGUAAGAGGGAAGACCCCUUUUCCUUGAUGCGUUUUGUUCUUUCAAAUUUAUGCAAGGAGCGAAUGUGAUGUAAGCAGUAAAAAUGAGCUUUUCAUUAAGCAUUAUUAACUUACUGACUAGCGUGAAAGAGGAGGGUGACAAGAGGAAGAAAGAGGAAAACUAAAAGACAUUUUUAAGAGAAAUACUUAUUUCCUUCCCUCUGGGUCUCGCAUUGCCCCUGGUAUACAAGUUUCACUCGCGCUAGCGCUCAUAUAUUUCCUCAGUGAUUGGUCGGUUAUGAGGCGCUCAACUUGUAGCUAGAAUUAUACAUUUCAACGUUGCUCUUCGACGACACCGCAGACGUCAAUUUCAUUCUCUAGAUUCCGAUCUGUUGCUCUUCCAGGUGUAUCAUGCCUUUUACAUUCCACUCGAGUUUAUCGUGCCUGGUAGACACGCUGAGCAAUGUUACAUGAAGGUAAGUCUCCUGCUCUUAGCCUCAUCAGUUAAUCGGAUCACAAAACUGACAAAUCGUUUUCUCCUUUGUUGACAGGCCGUUUGCUUAAGGGAGGGAGAUCAGCCUGUUGUUGGUCUCCAUUUUAUCGGGCCUUCCGCAGGGGAGGUCAUUCAGGGCUUUUCUGCCGCUAUGAGGUAA